AUGCCCAUGCUCAGGGGAUCUCGCUUCCACGACACCACAACAUGCCAUCUCCUCGUCGCCUUAUCUCAUCGUUUUUUUCUGUGCAGUCACUUGAGCUUCAAGAUGUUCAUUGAGCCUUCGGUAUCUGCUGGGGUUUUCUGCAUUUGGUCCUUCCUGUACAUCCUCUCCAUUCACUACUUUCAUUACGCCAGCCAUCGAGAUCCCACCUCUUACUUUUUCGACCCCUCCCGUGCCUACGAGCGUCGAUACUCAUCUAUCAGAAUUGCGGAGGCAGAGAAGUUUCUCCGAGAUGCUAAUAGCAUCAGUCAACCAACAAGACCGCAAAACUGGACCCCUACGAUAUGUCUUGGAAUAGCGACUGUCGCGCGAAGGGGAGAGCAAUAUGUGGGGUUGACAGUGGCUUCUCUUUUGGCCGGUCUUAGUGAGACAGAUAGAAACAGCAUCUCAUUGCACAUUCUCAUCGGGAACACAGACCCGUCAAAACAUCCAAUUUACACAGAGAGAUGGAUUGGCACGUUGCCGGACCACUUACUGACGUACAAAGAGGGUGAUCCUGAUUUUGAGCGUAUAAAACACUGGGAGGAAGGUGGAUGGUAUCGAAACAAAACGAUUUACAACUAUACCCAUUUGUUAAAAGACUGUUACGACACUGGCGCUAAUUACGUGGCGAUGAUUGAAGAUGAUACCCUAGCGGCCAAGGGCUGGCUCCCAUCCGCUUUGCAGGCUCUCGAUAUUGUGGAAAGCCGGAACACGAAUAAGAAAUGGAUAUACAUGCGACUCUUCUAUGUCGAUUCGCUUCUGGGGUGGAAUUCAGAAGAAUGGCCGGGAUACCUGGCAUGGUCGUUCAUGGUCUGGGCUCUUCUUACGGGAAUGAUGGUCGCCUCGAGAAGAGCGUUCAAAGUCAAAGCGAGGACCAUUCCAACCAACGCUAUCAUGAUCACAUCCUGCAUUUUCAUUCCCGCCGCCAUUGCGCUUCACUUUUUGGCGGGAAGACAGACGGUGUGGCCCUUGUCCCGUGGCGUUCAUGAAAUGAACAAAUGCGGAUGCUGCUCGCAGGGCCUUGUCUUCCCUCGUUCCAUCAUACCCGAGUUCCUUGAGCAGACGGACCUGACGACCGAUUGGCUGGUUGACAUGAGGGUAGAGAAGAUAGCUGACCGUGAGGGCUGGACGCGCUGGGCAGUAGUCCCGUCUUUACUGCAGCAUAUCGGAGCUACUAGUUCCAAAGAAUAUGGGUUUGAUGACUCGGCGAAGACUCUGUGGAAUUUUAGAUUCGAGGACUAUUCCUAUUAG